AUGAUGGACGAGACGUACGAGGCCAAGCUCGAGCGCAAGACGGCGGAGCUCCGGCAGCGCAAGAAGGACCGGCGCCGAGAGCUGCUCUGCUCCAUGACCGCAGACGAACGCCGGGCCUUUCUCGACGCCGAGGCCAUCGAGUCCGUCAAGUGGAAAGACCGGCUCGUCGCCGCGCAGGACCAUGGCCAGCGCCUUGUCAUUGACUGCGGCUAUGACGAGAUUAUGAGCGACAAGGAGAUCAACAGUCUCUCCAAGCAAAUCAAGUUUAGCUACGGCACGACCAAACGCAUGCGCGCGCCCUUUGCACUCACAAUUGCCAACUACCACGGCCGCAUUGAAGUCGCACUCCAGCGCUUCAGCAUCAGCAACUGGGCCGUCCGCGCGUCGCCGGCUCGCGUCGACGAGCUCUUUCUUCCCGAGGAGCUGGUGUUUCUGACGCCCGACGCGAGUACCGUCCUGUAUACGCUCGACCCCACCAAGGGGGCAUCGUCGACCGUUCCCGGGUCAAGGGCCGCUCCCGGGCCGCGGCCGAUACCAUUGGCGUCGCUACCGCACGUCUUCCCGUCCAAGAAUGCAUACCCGACCGUCUCAACGACCAUAUCCUCAACGUCAACACCGUUGUCGACGUUCUCGCCGCCGUGCACGGUGGCGCCACCUGGCCCGACGCCCUCGGCGCCUGCCUCCCCAAGGUAA